GCUUCGCCCGAGAAGGUCACCCCGGAGGGACUUUCCCCCCGCUCGGAGAGCCCCGCGAUGGGAGGCCGCUGGGCGCUCGGACUGGCUUGGCUGGCGCUCCUGAGCGCAUCAACAGGUGGUGCCCCUUCCAUUUCCCCAUCGAGAUCUACUUUGGUUGUGAACAGCAGGCAAGAAUUUAAGCUGACCUGUACCGACGAUGGCCCUGUGUCCUGGGUCUUCAACAGUGCUGACCCCUUCGGGAAGUUAAAGAAUUUCAAAACCAACGAAGUGCAUGUUACCCAGGCAAGACCAGCAGACACGGGAACCUAUCAGUGCAAUAGCCGGAAAAACUCCAACAGCUCCAUUUAUGUUUUCGUUAAAGAUCCAGAGGUUCUGUUCUUUCACAGACCCACAGUCUUUGGAAGGGAGGACAGCGAUGCUCUCGUUGUCUGCCCGGUGACAGAUCCAGAUGUUUCCAAUUUCACUUUGAAAAGAUGUCAUCACAAACCCCUGCCUGAGAAUAUGACCUUAGUUCCUGAUCCUCGGAAGGGAAUCACCAUAAAAAAUGUACAGAGGUCAUUUCUAGGCUGUUACUGGUGUGUGGCGCAACAAGAUGGAGUUGAGAAAAAAUCUAAAGAUAUAACACUUAUGGUGAGAGCAGUUCACAAGUCCUUACCAUCCAUCACCUUGUCCAAAACAAUGCAGCUUCUCAAAGAAGGUGAAGAAUUUGAAGUUACAUGUACAAUCAAGGAUAUAGAUAGCUCUCUUAAAGCUAAUUGGAUUUUUCAAGGCAAUGCGAGCUUCUCCAGCAACAGCAAGAAUGUGCGUGAUUAUGAAUAUGAACAAAAAUUAAGGCUGAGCAUCCGUUCAGUGGGAGUUAAUGAUUCUGGAGCGUUCACGUGCCAAGCCACCAAUGCUUUUGGAACAUCUAAUGUCACACUAACCUUGAAUGUAAUAGGUAAAGGAUAUGUCAAUUUAUCGACUUCAACAAAUACAACACUCUAUGUCAACGACGGGGAAAAUCUGGGCUUGGUAGUAACGUAUGAGGCGUAUCCGAAACCAGAAGAGGAACUGUGGCUAUACAUGAAUAAAACACUGCAGAAUUCAUCUGAUCAUUAUGUGAGAGUCACAAAUAUAGACAAAAACAGCUAUUCCAGCGAGCUUCACCUUACACGGCUGAAGGAAACGGAAGGAGGUGUUUAUACGUUUUUCGUCUCCAACUCAGACGCCAACGCCUCUGUCACGUUUAACAUCUACGUAAACACCAAACCAGAGAUUGUCACUUCAGAAAGACUGAGCAAUGGCAUGCUACUCUGUGUGGCAACUGGAUAUCCUGCUCCUACUAUUAGCUGGUAUGUUUGUCCAGCUACUGAGCAAAGAUGUCCAGAUUCACCAAAUGUUUCUCCCGAGAAUGUAAAAACCAAAUACAAAGAUUCAACAUUUUCUUCCUUUGGAAAGAUAAUUGUGGAAAGCACUAUUGAUACCAGCAUGUUCAAGAGCAAUAGCACAAUCACCUGUGAGGCUUCCAAUACCAUUGAUAGGCGUUCAGCUUUCUUUAACUUUGCUAUUAAAGAACAAGAAAACAGCGGCAGCCUUUUCACUCCGUUGUUAAUCGGCUUCGGUGUAGCAGCAGGACUGAUGUGUGUUAUAGUCAUAAUCCUUGUUUAUAAAUAUCUCCAGAAACCCAAAUACGAGGUACAGUGGAAAGUAGUUGAUGAAAUCAAUGGAAACAACUAUAUCUACAUAGAUCCAACACAGCUUCCAUAUGAUGAGAAGUGGGAGUUUCCAAGGAACUGCCUCAGUUUUGGCAAGAUUCUAGGAGCCGGAGCUUUUGGGAAAGUCGUUGAAGCUACUGCCUAUGGUCUCUUCAAACCUGACGGGGCAACGAGAGUGGCGGUGAAAAUGCUCAAGCCCAGUGCUCAUUUCACCGAAAAGGAAGCCUUGAUGUCAGAACUGAAGGUCCUGAGUUACCUUGGCAAUCACAUCAAUAUUGUGAACCUGCUCGGAGCCUGUACUAUUGGAGGUCCUACCCUGGUCAUCACUGAGUAUUGCUGUUAUGGCGACCUUUUGAAUUUCCUAAGGAGGAAACGAGACUCCUUUAUUUGCCAGAGGCCUGACGAAGCAGCUGUUUACAAGAACAUCCUCUAUCAGAAAGAACACAUGUAUGAUGCCACCAAUGAGUACAUGGACAUGAAACCAGGAGUUUCUCAAAUCGUCCACGCCAAAACCACUAAAAGACUAGGCUCCUUGGCUAAUCCGGAUGUCACUGUUGCCAUUUUAGAAGAUGAUGAACUGGCUCUGGAUGUUGAAGAUCUGUUAAGUUUUUCUUACCAGGUAGCAAAGGGGAUGAGCUUUCUUUCAGCUAAAAAUUGCAUUCACAGAGACCUGGCAGCAAGGAAUAUAUUACUUACUCAUGGACGGAUAACAAAAAUCUGUGAUUUCGGUCUUGCAAGAGACAUCAGGAAUGACUCAAAUUAUGUGGUCAAAGGAAAUGCACGGCUUCCUGUGAAGUGGAUGGCCCCAGAGAGCAUUUUUGAAUGUGUGUACACCUUUGAGAGCGAUGUUUGGUCUUACGGAAUUCUGCUCUGGGAACUCUUCUCUUUAGGAAGCAGUCCCUAUCCUGGAAUGCCUGUGGAUUCCAAAUUCUAUAAAAACAUUAAGGAAGGAUACAGAAUGUUUAGUCCAGAAUAUGCACCUCCAGAAAUCUUUAACAUCAUGAAGAGCUGCUGGGAUUCUGAUCCUGUGAAGAGGCCAACUUUUAAGCAAAUUGUACAACUGAUUGAACAGCAGAUCUCCGACGCCACAAGUCACAUUUACUCAAACGUUUCAAACGGCAUUUGUGGUCAAGGAAAUGCCACAGAUCACUCCGUAAGAAUUAACUCGGUGGGUAGCAGUGCUUCGUCUACUCAGCCUUUACUCACACACGAGGACGUUUGAAAAUAGACUUCAACCCAACUUGCUGGAGAUUGUACCGUUUCAAAAUGACAGUCUGUUGCUCUAGUAGAAGUACUUCAGGAGUUGCUCUGCUUUCUUUUUAAUCACAUACAAAAUUAGACUGCCCGUGACAGCCACACCAUUGUUAACACUGCUUGCUAGGAUUUGUAUAAUUGCUAUGUUAUAGGCAAUGGGUAAUGUAGAAUCAGAUUUGGGAGUGGGAAAUAGCAGUUUCAAAAAUAAGUAUGGGUUGUUGUUGUUGUUUUUUUAAAAAAGAGCAUCAUACAAAAGGCAUCAAAACACCUGAGUCCAAAAUGUUGUUGUGUUGAGCGUGGAAGAGGAAAUAUUUGAGCAAUUUCCAUUAUUUCCCAAAUCUUAAAAGGGUUAGAAGCGAAAGCAAAACAAAGAAAAACUGACAUUCCAAGAACAAAGAGGCAACACUUGGUUGAGAAAUAGAUCUCGAAUGAGCCUCAAACAGAACUUAUUCCUAGUAGAGAGAGUUGAGGAACUUAUGGCUGUGAAGCAAGCUCGUAGUCAUGGAUGUUAAAAAUUAUAACUUUUUGGAGAACCACAGAUUCCCUAGGUUUGAGUUACUGCCAGUCCCAUCUUGCUUAAGCCUUAGUUCAGUGUUCCCAAAUGUUUCACUCUAGGCCAGUUUCUCAACCUUGGCAAUUUUAAGAGGUUGUGGACCAGGCAUGAA